GCAUCGACUUCCGCUUGGGAGCCUGUGAGAUUUGGACAUUGGCUGGUGGCAUUCAAGCAUCAGUUGGUGCUCCUGGGAGGACUCAUACUAUGCCAUUUACUCGCCAAGCCAGGCUCCGUCAUUGGAAGCAUGCCAGUGGCAUCGGCGCAGUUGCACCUUCGCCGGGAUCGCAGUGCUUACGGUAUCAGCCCUUCGUUGGCGUGGAUGGCGGAGUGAACCGUGAUGACCAGGCGAGCUACUACAUCCUGCGCGGGCCAGAUCUGGCUGCAGACGAAGCAGAGUGCCGACAGCUCUGCAUGGCCACGCCAGAAUGCCAGGGCAUCGACUUCAGCCCCGAUGGAUGCAAGGUUUGGACGCGCAAGGCUGGCAUCCAGAGCUCAGCUGCAUGGGGAGGUGCGACCUGCUUGCGCUAUGAUCCUUUUGAGCCCGUGGAUGGAGGUGAAGGUCGUGCAUGUCACGGCGACGUGAAUGAGAGCUCGGAGGACUACGUCUUGUAUGCUUCCGCUGAUGUGCCCACGCUUGCGGACUGCAAGAUCCAAUGUGCCAGCACCACCGGCUGUAAAGGUGUGUCCUUCAGCAUCGCAGGCUGUCAAGUUUGGACCCGGCAGGGCGGCAUCACCAGCACUGCGUCUGCAGGCAGCAGCUGCUUCAGAUACAUGCCUUUUGCCCCAAUGAAUGGUGGAGAAGAUCAAGCUUGUCGAGGCGCCCACUCACAGGACAAUGACCCGAGCCACUACCUGUCCUUCUCAAGAGAGCAGGUGCCGUCCAUCGAGUUGUGUCGGCUGCAAUGCGCUGCUACCGAAGGCUGCACAGGCCUUGAGUUCGGAGCCUUGGGAUGCAAGGUCUGGACCCGCUUCGAAGGCGUCCAAGCGACCGAGACGGUCCAAGGCUCUAUCUGCCUGCGCUUCGGGCCCCCGAACGAAUUGGUUGAUGCCAGUGCUUUUAAGCCAGUGGACGGGGGCAUCGACAGAGCCUGUCGUGGCAGCAAUGAAACUGACAACCUCGAUGCCUAUUACACGCUUUUCUGGACCUGGCCAGAAAACUCCUCAAUGGAGGCGUGCAAGGUGCGAACUCCAAGCUGCAGGGGUCUUGAGUUUCGGAUGGGCGGAUGUGAGAUCUGGACCCUGGCAGCUGGAAUUGGAGCGACAGUGGCAUCUCCUGGCAGGACUUGCCUGGCUUACAAGCCCUUCCGGACCUUGGAUGGCUUCAGUGGACGAGUCUGCCGCGGCAGUUCGCCAACAGACAGCCUCAGCAGCUACUACACAUUGACAGGCCCUGAUGUUACGCCGACCCUGGAUGCUUGUCAGAAUCUGUGCAUGGCCACUCCUGCAUGCAAAGGUGUUGAGUACAGAAACGGCUGGUGUGAAGUCUGGAGACGUCCAGAAGGCAUCAUGGCCAUCGCCGUUUCUCCUGGUGCUGACUGCUUGCGGUACGAGCCUUUCACGGAGGUGGAUGGUGGGGUGAACAGAGCCUGCAGAGGAGCAGACGUCGGGGACAACUGGGGCAGCCACUACACCAUUUUGUCCGAGAGCACGCUGGACGGAUGCAAAGAAGCCUGUCUAAGUCGCUGGAAUUGCAAGGGCAUCGAAUAUCGAAAGGGCCGCUGCGAGGUAUGGACCCGUCCUGCAGGCAUCCAGGCCUCUGUUGCGAGUGCCGGUGCAGUUUGUCUGCGGCUCGGAGGCAGCGACGACUUGACAACGGAUGCCUUCCUGUCCUUCCAGGGAAGUGUGAACCGGGCUUGCCGCGGCUCGGAUCCCUCAGACGAUCAGCUGAGCUACUACGAUUGGCACGGUUCUUUGGCCGUCCAAAGCCUGGAGCAGUGCAAGCUGAAAUGCCUUUCGACAGCAGCUUGCAGAGGCAUCGACUUCAGCGAAGAGGGAUGCAAAGUCUGGACACGUGAGGUUCAGAGCAGCGUCGAGCGAGCAGGCUCCACUUGCUUCCUCUACGAGCCUUUCCAGCCAGUUGAUGGAGGGGAGGAUCGUGACUGUCGUGGUGCUCACAGCACGGACAUCUCUCCGGCCUAUUUCACCGAAAACCCGGAAGCCUCAUCUCUCCUUGACUGCAAGCUGCAAUGUGUCGCCGCAGGCUGCAAGGGCCUCGCCUACAACAGCACAAGCCAAGUUUGUCAAAUCUGGGCCACCAACGUCCGAGCUUCGACGGCUGCUUCCGGAAGUAUUUGCCUGCGCUUCGAGCCUUUCGUGGAUGUGAACGGAGGCCGCGACCAGUCCUGCCGAGGAGGACACGUUUUUGACAACUCUGGCUUCUACUACAGGUCGUACACGCUGGCCCAGGUGUCCACCUUGGAAAGCUGCAGGGUCCAGUGUGUUGGCACAAACGGCUGCAAAGGCAUUGACUGGAGUGCAAGCGGCUGCAAAGUUUGGUUGAGAGUGCAAGGUAUCGAGGCCACGGCGGCAGAGCCAGGUUCCAUCUGCGUCCGCUAUGGCGUGCCUGAUCCCUUGCGGUCCGCAGACGCCUUCCCGGGCAUGGAUGGUGGAAUCAAUCGUGCCUGCAGAGGUGUCGACGAGAGCGACAAUGAUCCCCUGAACUGGAUCUUCUUCCCCAUCUCCCAGGUGAGGACCUUGGAAGCCUGUCAGUUGCGAUGCAUCUUCAAGCCCGGCUGCUUUGGGGUGGAGUUCAAUCUCUGGGGCUGCGAAGUCUGGAUGCGAGAAAUCCAGGCUUCCGUUUAUGCAUCGGGCUACCAGUGCUUUCGCUUCACGCCCUUCGUUUCGGCAGAUGGCUUCAACGAUCGGGCCUGCCGCGGGCAAGAUGCAUCCGACAACUUGGGGUCUUACCUCACCUUCUACGGACGAUCAGGCGAGGGGGCCGCCUACGACGGACAGAGGUCGACCUGCGAGCAGCUGUGCGCCUCCACCUCGGGGUGCAAGGGCAUCGAAUUCAGCUCCGGCCACUGUGAGGUCUGGACUCGCGAGGCUGGGAUCCAGGCAACGGCUCCGGCACUGGGGUCUUCCUGCCUGCGCUUCGAGCCUUUCUCGAACGUGGAGGGUGGGGUGGAUCGAGCCUGCCGCGGAGAAGAUCCCUUCGAUAACUGGCCGAGUUACUACACGCUGACCAGCGCGAGCUCCGUCCAGGAUUGCAAGCAGCUCUGCAUGGGCACAGCUGGCUGCCAUGGCAUCGAGUACAGCAGCUCUGGUCGAUGCGAGCUGUGGACUCGUGCGAGGGGGAUCGGAAGCUCCUCGGCGGCCGUCGGAUACGUGUGCAUGCGCUACGGCUCUUGGGACCCAUCCGACGUUUUGGACGGCUUCCUGCCGGCAGAUGGGGCUUUUGAUCGAGCCUGCCGCGGCAUGAACCGGACAGACAUGAACCCCGAGUAUUACGUGUUCUACGCAUUGGACAUUGCCCCGAACUUGGGUGCCUGCAAGGCCAUCUGCACGGUCACACCUGGUUGCAAGGGCGUGGAGUUCAGCAGCUUUGGAUGCGAGGUUUGGACACGGGCCGAGGGGAUCGAAGCCACGGCUGCAGUGUCUGGCUUCCAGUGCUACCGCUAUGUUGCCUUCGAGCCCGUGGAUGGUGGCCUAGACCGAGCGUGUCGGGGUGCCGAUACCUCGGACGCCGCUUCGGCGAACUUCGUGUUGUGCCCGCCCUCGGAGGUGGCGUCCUUGGAGCAGUGCCAGGCGCGCUGCGUGGAGAGGCCCGGCUGCCGCGGCGUCUCCUACUCGGCGGAGGGCUGCGAGCUUUGGACGAGGCCUUUCGGUAUCGAGGCCACGGUUCCCAAGGUGGGUUCCAGUUGCUUCCGGCACGAGCCUUUCACCGAUGCAGACGGAGGAAAGGAUCGCGCUUGCCGCGGCGCACAGCCCUGGGAUAACUCAACGGAGCACUACAGGGAGGCAACGCUUCCGAUACCGACGCUGGGAGCUUGCAAGGUGGCCUGCGUCAACUCUCCGGGUUGCAAAGGCAUCGAAUUCCAGCCCAACGGGAAGUGUCUGAUUUGGACCCGCCCGGGUGGAAUCGAUGCGACGGCCACUUCCUUCGGCUCCAUCUGCCUCCGACACGGCGCCACCCAAGCUGGGGCCAGCGAAGAAGGAAGCUUGGUGGGCCAGAUUCACCUAGCGUCGGAUCCGCGCCUUUGCCUGGACGUCGGUGGCUUCAACAACGGAGAUGCUGUCCAAGUGGGGCAGUGCACGUCCUCGACUCGAUUCGUAAUGAACAGCGACGACACCGCUCAGAUUCGGUUGGCAUCGGAUCUGACGAAGUGCCUGGACGUGGCCGGUGGAGUGAAAAGCAACGGCACGCGGAUUCAGAUCUGGGACUGUGAAACUCCAGUCAAUGGCAAUAUGCAGUUUCUGUUUCCGAAUGGCGGCGUCGGACAGAUCAGGUGGGCCACGUACUUGGACAUGUGCCUGCAGCCCAUGGGCAACACGACCGGAAGCCAGGUCAUUCUCUGGAAUUGCAGGCGGGCUUCUGGCAACUCACGCGUGGUGCUGCCCAGUGGCGAGCUGCGCACCGUUCGCACGCCGAAGUUUGUUGCCCACUACCUACCAUGGUUCCUGGGCAACAAUGUGGACGAAGCCUGUACGAGAAGCGGACCCAGCUGUCCUUACGCGCAUGACCAUUGGUGUUCAACAUAUGGUAACUCUUACUACGCCAGUUACCUGGGCGCCUAUGACAUAACUGGUCCGAACGUGAUUGAGACGCAGUUGGAUCUGAUGAAAGCCUCUGGCUUGGAUGGGUUGUGGAUUGACUAUCAAAUGCCCACUUGGGAUGGCGUUGUGGACAGGAUCGUGGCUGGCUUGAAGACGAGGGGAAUGGGCUUUGCUAUCAUGGUCGAUUCUGCUACUUUCCCUGACGUCAUGGCAACCACGGCGGAGAAGGUGACGAACUGGACCAUGGAGCCUCACUACUAUCGCCACCAGGGCUUGCCCAUCAUACCAGUUUGGAACAACAACUUCACAAUUUUCUCUCCACUCCCUGUGAAUGCCAUCUACAUCACUCGCUAUGAGUUCGAUCCUCCCGAGUGGGCAUCUGACACAUAUACAUGGGUUCAGGAUGACUACCUCGUCAGGUAUUACGAACAGCACCAUGCCGUCGUCUCCUCUGGUUCAGCUUUCCGCGGCUACCGUGAUUGCUAUUUCGACAAGACCCUCAAGGAUCCGAAUGUCACUCAGUUGGAGAUCACGUUGAACAGAGCAAGGCAACAUCGGCCGGAGUAUGUUCAGUUGGUAACUUGGAACGAUUACACCGAAGGCACACAGCUGGAGCCCAGCUGGAUACGCAGAGAGGGUGAGUGCGUUGACGUUUGCGGAGAGAAUUGCUUAACGGUCAGCGAUUGUCAUUCCAACGGCUUGUUGACCGACUGCAUGAAGCCUGUGGGUGCUGCUACGGGCCCUGCAGACCCCUCCUGCAAUGUGACGGGCAACCUGAGCGCUUUCGCGGACCUCAACCAGGUCGCCGCCUUCAUUGCGCGUGAGCGGUAUAUAGGCCAGGUCUUGGCCCAGGCGGCUCGCUACGUGCCCUGA